AUGUCUGAAAUCCUCGUCGUCACUUCCGCCAGCGGCAGACAAAAUGCACAGCUGCUGCCGCUUCUCACAUCCUCCAAGCGCUUCAAACUCCGGCUCGCAUCGCACUCGGAAGCCUCGGCUUCCAAGCUUCGGAUGAGAUACCCAGGAGCGGAGGUUGUAGUUGUUGAUCUCACUUCCCUCGAUGCCUGUAGAGACUUGGUCCGGGGCGCGACCACGGUCUAUCACGUUGGGCCGAGCAUUCACUCACGCGAACGCGAGAUGGGAUUCAACAUGAUCGACGCGGCGACGGCAGAGUUCCAAGGCGAAGGGAGUCAGUUCAAACACUUUGUCUUCUCUAGCGUUUUGGGCACUCAGCAUCGAAAGCUCAUGCAGCACGACCUAAAGAGUUUCGUGGAGGAACGCCUCAUGCUCAGUCCCAUCCCGUGGACCAUCUUGCAACCAACCAACUUCAUGGACGCCUACCCUGUCGCCCGCCUAGCCAGCAUGGAAACGCCUGUGAUGGAACGGCUGUGGAAGCCAGAUAUGCCCAAUAGCAUGAUUGCGCUGAAAGAUUUAGCCGAGGCGGCCGCGAAAGUGUUGACGGAGCGCGAGAAGCACUUCUAUGCGCAGUACCCUCUUAGCAGUACGCUGCCAACGACAGACGCGGAGGUGUUCGAAGCGAUAAGCAAGAAGAUUGGGAAGGACGUCCAAUUCAAGACACCCACGUUUGAAGUCGGAGUCGACAAUCUUUUGAGUCUGCUAUUUGGAACAAGCAGUACUCUAAGCGCGGAAGGGGACUUGAGGCCGGAUGUCACCAGGGACGAAGCUGAGCGGCUUAUCCUAUUCUACAAUAGAUACAGCUUGGCUGGGAAUCCCAACGUGCUACGAUGGCUUCUCGGACGAGAGCCUACGACUGUGGAGCAAUGGGUCAAACUCCAACUUGAUGAAGCGAAGCUGAUAUAG